AUGGCGGGCGAGAACAGCGUUGGUGAGAGUAUUACAGAACCAAAUGAGGAGCAAACAGUGCAGAUCCAGAAAUUGGAAGCAGCACUGACCAGUGAACGGAAGCGCUGUGCUGACAAGGACAAGCAGCUGCAGAUGAUGGAGGCUUUGUUGGGUCGGCUACAGACGCGCCUUGAGCAGGCUGAGGAGAAUCUCAAGGAGCAGCGCAAGACCCGUGGCACAUCGCAGGGCGCCAGUGCCGUACUGGAUCUGCAACAACAGCUCGCCGAGGAGCUGGCAAAGAGGAAACAAGCGCAGUAUGCGUUGAUUGAGAAGGGUCAGGAGUUGUGCGAUGUUCAGCAGAAGUUGGCGGAAAGCCAGCAACGCAUCAAAGAGCUCCUAAUCUCCAAGAGUGCUGAGAAGAAGUCGGAGCCCAACAAGGCUCGAUGUGACGACCAUGGGACCAAUGGAAGCCAUGGCCAUGGCGGCCAUGGAGCCAUGACUGGACCCCAACUCAUCAUCACUGCAGCAAGUCCUUCAGCCAAUCGUGCCAAAAGCCCCAUGAAUAGCAUGGCCCCGCAAAGUCCGUGUGCCUCCCGCGCCAGUUCCUAUGCACCAGUCAUCAGUCCAUGUGCAACGCCCAAAUCCCCGGCGGACUUCAAACAGUUUUUUCCCUUGCCUCCCAAAAUGAUGGUCCCUCCAUUGAGCUUGCCUCUCAACGGAGAAAAGACAUCAGAGUGGCAUCAUCGAACAGUUCGCGCUGAUGAACAGCCGCCCAUUUCCUAUUCACUGGAGAUACCCGAAAUGUCGGAGGUCCAACCUAUGUACUUGGAAUGCCCUCUGCCGAACAGCGUGUGUCACUCAGGGUAUCACACUCCAGUUCAUUUCCAGCAAGUGCAAGUUGCCCAAGUCGACUACCCUCGCAUUCUCUCAGCCAAACUUGCACAAGCUGCACAAGACAAGAUGAAGCCCGCAGCCAAAACGGCCCGUGUGGUUUCGGCCGAACACCGCAGUGCCUGUGUUCCGCCACGGGCACUGCAGUCAAUGCCUUUAGCACGGCCAUAUUGUGAAAGCCCGCGCUUCAGCACAUGA